CAGCGUGGAGAUACUAGAGGAUUUCUACUGCGUUUUUGACGUACGAACACACUUACACCGAAUCACUUGCUGCUGUUUUCUCCCUGCGAAUCUACAUGUAUUUCCAUGUAACGUCAGUCGUUGUUGGUGCUUCGCCUUGAGUUUACGAAAAGAACGCAAUUAGAACCGAAAAUCCAAAGCAAACAAAGCGUUAAUUGUCAUUUUUUUUUAAAUUUCAAAGGUUGUGAAAUUGCGCAGUGCAAUUCGUCGAUACACAUUCCAAAAGCAACAUCAAUCAUCAGACAAAUGGCUCCAAAGCGUAAACGAAUGAAGCUCGAGGAGGCGGCGGCUCAGGAAUUGGAAGAUGUGCCAGUCGAAUACAAAGAAACGCCAGAGGUGCCAAAGCGAAAGCAAAAAGUGUUUCUCGAGACGCUCAAUGAUGACUGCAUUUACACAAUUCUUGGGAAAUUGUCGUUGAGCAAUCUCUGUGCCGUGUCAAAGACAUGCCGACGUCUGCACACAUUGGCAUCGAAUCAAUUCAUGCGUUGCCACAAAUCGAAGGUCAUGACGAUCAAGGAUGUCACGGAAAAUGGGGAUUUGGUGGUGCCACAAAAAGAAGAAGAAUACAUCCGUUGCUUCGCAAAGAGCAUGGAAAAUGUGACAUUCGGUCGAUUGCUGGCAAAGAAGGCAACUCUACGAGAAGUGAACAAAGCAUAUCACUUCAAGAAGACCGACACAAUGGCACCGAUCAAAAUACUGCGCAUUGAUAACUGGGCUCGUGGCUUACGAAUGUCACAUCGUCCGGCACUGGCAAAAUUGGUGAAUGGCGUCGAAUCGAUUACCGUUUCGAAUACAAAAGUGUAUGGUGAUCUCAACGCGUGUCUGUUACAGCACAUCCCAGACAUGAAGCGGUUGACAUUGUGCCAGCAAUUCGAGGAGAAACCAGGCGAUGCAACAAUCAACUGGAUGCAACAAAUCUACCCGAAAUUGGAAUACUUUGCAUGGCAUGCGAACUCCGAAUUGCCGGUGGCUGAAGCAAAGCAAUUGUUGAAGCUCAAUCCAAACAUCAGCUUCUUUUCGUUGUACACAAAGUCACGCAACACACUCCGUCGCCUGAUGGACGAACAAAUUCACAUCAAUGAGCUGUACGUUGACGUCAUGCGCACCGAUAUACCGGCAAUUUUCAACGAUUUACACGAUUUGUGCGAACAACGAUUCUGCGACCGAUUGCAUUUGAAGUUUUCCGACUUCACUCGGCACACGCUCACCAAUAAAAUGGAUCAAUUGAUUCUGCUUGGACCGUACAUCGAAGGUCUAUAUUUCGAAAAGAUCGGUAUUGAUGGCAACUUCGCACGAACCAUCAACACAUUUGAUCAGCUGAAAGUAUUGCAACUGAACAUCGCGGUGAAUGCAAGCCUGCUGUCAAAAGCAUUGAGCCUCCAAGAGAUUUUCGCUUACUGGGGCGUCAACAGCCAAAAUUUCAAGAGCUAUCAAGAGGCCAUGCUUAUGUAUGCCGCAAAUACGCCAACGCUGAAGAAAAUUUAUUUGCGCAACAAUUCGCAGCUGUUCGAUCGAUUCAAUUUUGAUGUACUGAAUUUGGUUCGCCAAAAACUGGACGGAGCCCGCAAACUGAAAAUCUACUUCAAAUCAGAAGAAUGCGAAUUCACCGGCAAAUUGAACGAUGUCAACUGCGAUUUCGAUAUGGUUGAAGUUAUGCGCGUUGAAACAGAACACGUUGCCAAUCCAUUGAUCACCGAGUACUUGACCACCAGACAGCUAUCAACAGAAAAUAACUCAUACAUGCAGUACAAGUAUGGCCGUUACUAAGCCCAAGAUUUAUUUACUUUGAUGAUUUUUUUGUUGACAGAGAAAAAACCAUUUUAAGUAGACAGUAUUAUACGUAAAGAUACGUACUCAAUUUACGCAUUGAAUUUUUUUGUGUGAACGUUAAAUUAGCCGAUAAGACAUGGAUAUAGGAAUAUGUUUUUGUUAUUCUCCAAGAGAGAGAGAAAAGUAUCAUAUUUUCAUCGAUUCACAAAUGAAUGAACAAAUUCAAUCAUUCUUUCGAAACUACUUGUGUACUCAAUAAUAAACUCGACAAAUAUAUAGUUGAAUAAUAAGAGCCUUCAAAAUAAUACUGAUUUUGUUCACAGGCAAUACAUUUAUGACGAAUAUAAAUAAAACAUUCAUAAACUCAAAAUACAAUGCAAUCCUUUGUCAUGAAA